UCUGCUGUAAAAAUAUUACAGCAGCCCACACUGUAAAAUGAAUCAAGGGUCGGAUGUUGUCUAUAAUAAUCCAAUGGCUCAUAUUUUAAAAGUCCAAAAAUAAUAUAUUUCUUUUUCUCUCUCUUCCCAAUUCCCACAAACCAAUUUCUCUCUCUCAUCACGGAUCUCUCCCUUUCAUCGACGGCUUCUCCCUUUCAUCGACGACUAGAGGAAGAGUCGAAGAUCCCUCUUCUCCCUCAUCGAGAUGACUCGUGCCAAGGAAACCAAGCGAAAUCGACAACGAAAUCGAGGAGAAAUGACGAUCUUCUACAUCAUAUUCGUCUCCCUCAAUCUCUUCGUGCAGUGGUGGGGGACUGCCAUGAGAGUGAUGGUGGCCUUCCAAAGCAUGAUGCAAGGGGGAGGUGAUCUUGUUUUGAUCUCGUAUGGAUUGUUCGGAGAAUGGUCUUGAGGAUGCUGAUAUCAACAGAGAUGUCGAAUUGAAUAUGAUUCCUCAAAUUGGAAUGGAGCUUAAUACAGUUGAUGAUGCAUGGGAGUUGUGGUUCAUGUAUGGACAAAAAAUGGGGUUUGGUGUUCGUAAGGAUUAUGUUAAUAGGAGAGCAAAGGAUAAGGUAGCUACAAGUGCUGCAUUUGUAUGUUGUAAAGAGGGUCGACGGGAAAAUGAUAAGCGGAAUGUAUGUGAUGUGCAUCGAUGGGAAACAAGGACUGAUUGCAAAGUAAAGUUUGUUGUUAAAUUAGACAAAAAGAGUGAAAAAUAUAAGAUAAAGUCAUUUGUGGAUCAGCAUAAUCAUGAGCUUGAACCUAGUGAAACAUGUUUUAUGUUGAGAUCAAAUAGAGAAAUUUCUAGAUCUGAUGCUCUAGCAAUUGAAUUGGCACGUGAUUCUGGUCUUACCCCGAAGGCGACUCAUGAGUUAAUGUGUAUGGAAGCAGGAGGUAGGAUCAAUCUUGGGUACAUAAUGGAAGAUCAAAACACUUACCUGAGGUCUAAGAGAGAGCGAGACAUGAUUUUAGGUGAUCUUGGCUGCAUUUUAUAUUACUUUGAUGACCAAAAGAAGAAAGAUUCAACAUUUUAUUAUUCUCAGCAACUUGAUUGUGAUGAUUUGGUUACUAAUAUCUUUUGGGCUGAUGCAAGAAUGAUUGUUGAUUAUGUAGCCUUUGGUGAUGUUAUAACAUUUGACACCACGUAUGGAACAAAUAAGGAGUUGAGGCCGUUAGGUGUUUUUACCGGUUUCAACCAUCAUAGAGAGAUGGUAAUAUUUGGAGCUGCAUUAUAA